AUCUUGGCACUCUUUGGCUGAGGCUGCUGAGAGAGUCUAGCUGUCCGGUUUAUUCAUGGUUUCCAUCGAUUAAGUCUCAUUUUAAACCGCAGAGGGGAGACGCUGCUUGUAAAAGAAAAUAAAAAUCACUUUUAUGUGUUUUAGCUAAACUUUGAAGUAGCACAACCACCAUGGGCGUGGAAGUCGAGACAAUAUCCCCCGGUGAUGGACGAACAUUUCCAAAGAAAGGCCAAACGUGUGUCGUUCAUUACAUAGGAAUGCUCCAGAACGGGAAAAAGUUUGACUCCUCUCGAGACAGGAACAAACCCUUUAAGUUCAAGAUUGGACGGAGUGAGGUUAUCAAGGGCUGGGAGGAAGGAGUAGCACAGAUGAGCCUGGGUCAGAGGGCUAAAAUCACCUGCACACCAGAUAUGGCGUAUGGAGCGACAGGCCACCCUGGGGUCAUCCCACCAAACGCCACGCUUAUUUUUGAUGUGGAACUGCUGAAGCUCGAGUGACGGCCUGCUCCACAACACAAAGAUGGAAGGCUGCGCUCACCACGUCCUGUCCCUACAGGGAGACCAUACCCAGCUGCUGCCUCCCCCCGUCAACCCACCACUUUUCUUUCCCUUUGAUUUCUACCGUUUCGUUCAGUUCACUAUUUAAAUGACACUUCUGCUGCUCUGCUGCCAUCCUGUCAGAAUAGUCACAAGACUUUUGAGCCUCACUCAGGUUAGUUUCUGUUCAUCCUUUUUACGUUCAUCCAUUGUAGAUUUUGUCAGAAGCUCUUUUAAGCAGAUGAAACUCAAUAAUGCACUGCGAUCUGAACGGCCUUACAGUUUGAGCAACAGGACUGGGAACCAACAUGUUCCAGACACCCCUGCUCUGUACAGCUGGCCAUUAUACCACUUUGAUGAAGGCUUGUCCUGGUGAAUGCUCCCAGUGAGCGUAGAGAGCCCAGCAUACUCCGUCUGAAGCCGAGCAGUCGACUCGCGUCCACGACACACGGGCGCAGAGCUCCUGGGACACGGCUCCCGCUGCAGUACACGUCACCGCACGGGUUGCUUCCCUCCAGAGUCUCCACCCUCCCUGCGUCCGCUGUUUGUCCACAAAGCCAUCAAGAAGAGCGCGCCACACUUUUCAGCAGACUGCUCCACACACGAUGUCUGCACGAUCUCCAUCCAGGAGCUUUUUGACUACGUUUGAAGAGUCUGUACAGCUGAAUGUCCCAAGCAUUUACGCACUGACAAACAUCUGGAAACUUCUCACCGAUCACACGACGCUCAGCGCAUACGCCUGCAAGAAAAAGUUGAGGCCGGGCCUUGUGUCGAGAACGGGCGAGCAAAGCUACUCUGACAACAAAAUGACAUGAUUCUCAUCACGCAGCUACACCGAGAGCCGAUUUCUCCACUUCGGAUGGAGUAUGCAGGGCCCUUUACUUUUCAGUUUUAUAACCUGUAUGCACAUUCACUGCAAGUGUUGACCCCAGUACUGUACAGCACCCAUAAAGAGCCAUUACUACUGUAAGUUUCCUGACCAACUCUUGAAUAAAU